AUGUUCCAUAGCAACACUCAGGGACUUGUCCACUUGCCUGGAAAGCCCGCGCCCGCCGGCGAGGCACAGCUCCCACGGGGAGAAUGUGCCUUUAUCCUCCCGUCGUCUGAGACCAAUGGCGCUCGCCAGCGCUGCCAAUGUCGGAGCUUCUUUCCAGAUUCCGUUAUCCGCUCCCGCUGUGGGUGCGGGCACCAGGCUUGGAUCCAUGAGGCACAGCCACCAUCGACUGUGUCAAUGGACGCAUACAUUGAGGCGGUAGAGCAGAUGAAGCGGCUGAAGCACGAGGUCAAGCGCUUCGAGACGCUGGAACAACAUCUAAAGCAGGAGCUAUUCAGGGAGAGGCUGGCACGGGAAGAGCUGAUGAGGACGAACACUGCCGUCCAGGCACGCAUGUACGAAAACAUGCAGCUGCUGAAGCUCUCUAUGGAUGACAAGGUGGAGGCUGUAGUCGACCGCACAACGGAGCUCAGCGAUCAGAUCAAGGUUCAGGGUGAGCGCCUGAUCAUGGUGGACGAGUUUAGCAUGGAGCUGGAGAAUAGGGUCGAUCGGGUCGAGCAGCUGAAUGGCCUGUCGAGAGACGCAACACCCGUUUCUUCAACGCCGAAAGCGCAUCUGUCACCCCGCCCCACCCCACCUGUUCCACAGUUGCCACUAUUGAUGCAAUCACCACACACCCUCGGCCAGCUGCCCAUCCGAACUGAUAAGAAGUACCCCCUGUCGUGGAACGUCCGCGUCAUCUUCGUGCCCCGCAAGUCACAGAGGUACGCCUUCGACCCUGAUAGCAACGCCUACCGACGAUGUGCAUCACGCAAGCUUCAGCAAAACCUCGAGUUUCCGAGCCAGGACAGCUCCUGUUUCACUAACCGCAUUGAGACAGCCUUCAAGGGCUUGUUUCGCGGCAGACCAUGGAUGCCCAUGACGGGCCAUCGUCCCCUCGACGAGCCAUUUGGCCGCAUGGCCCUCAUGCUUCUACCGCCAGACCUGAUUCACCGUGACGUCUGGGACUACCCUUUUCUUGAAGACCACUGCAUUGCGCAUGACAAGAUGCAAGGCGACGUUCUCUACAUCACCCUGCAAUACGAGGACGUCACUUGGAACGAGAUUCGAUUCCUACCUUCAGUGACUGGUGUUGACGACAGUUGCUGGGAACACGACGAGGAGCUCGACGGCACCGCCAAAUACAAGAGCUUGGACUCAGAGAUUAUGUACGAUUACCAGGAUCCUCCUCCUACUUAUUCAUCUCGAACUCACUCGAUGGCGACUAGGACGCCUUCGGGACUGGAUGUCCUCGCUAAUUCAGCUGCUAUGCUGAGUCCCAUCGAGCGUACCCAAACCGUUUCGUCUUCCUACUCUUCUAGGCUGAGUUCUCUGAGCCCCCUACAGCGUGCGCCAACUCAAUCGUCAAGUCACUCCAGCAACCCGCGCUUCUCUUCCGAGCGCAGCAGCCUUCGCAGCUUUGACACCGAAACCGAUGAUGAGCACCGCGACAAGAAACCCAAGCUGCGAGCAAAGCAAAGCAUGCCCAACGUCAACGAUGGUCCCCAUGCCAAGCAGCCCAUGUACAUUUCGGGGCGCUCCAAGCGAAAGAUGCCAGUCCGGGAGAAGGGUAUUAAAGAGCCCCUGCAUUUCAACGUCGCUGGUGUCGCCAAAGGCGGUCUCAACUUUCUGCAUCCUCGCUCCUCAAAGGGUAAAGAAGCCGUGCACAACCCAUGA